AUGAGGAACUCCUACUGUUCCCUCUCCCAAAGGCUGGAGCAGAGCUGGGACCCAGAGCCUGGAUCUGAUCCAACCUGGACCUUUCCAGAACCAAUCAGCAAAGUGGAAGAUCCUGGCUGGGAGUCGGAAUUCCUGAUCCUUCUCCCGGACAUUCCAGAUGGGCUCCCACCACCUCCUCUGCCUGUUAGCCGUGAGAGGAUCAGCAGGAAUCAGGAUUCCGUGGCCGUCCGGAUUCCGCCACUCGCCGCUCCUGGACGUUUCCUGGCCGGGAUCGUCCGAGAGCUCCGGGAUCUCUCGGCAUGCUCUGAUCCCAUAAAGCUACGUUUCCCGGGAUCGUCGCGCCCUGGGAAUUAUCCAACACCUUCGUGGCGACCUUCCCUCAUGGAAUUCCACCCGGGAAAAGCGGGAUUGCUCUCCCUCCUCCUCAUGGCUGCGCUGAGCCGCCAAUCCCUGGAAAAAUCCCUUCCCGUGGGAUACCGGGAACACGAGGAUCCUCGGGAAAGCCCGGGAUUGAUCCAGUGCGGGGAAUACAGCAACCAGGUGCUUCCCAACGGGAAGUGCCGGAUCGUGGCCACGCUCCCGCAGGGAGACGAGCAGCGCUGUCCGGAUCUUUUCCGCUGCACCGACGAGGUUUCCUACUGGCUCCACGAGAACGAGGAGCGCAAGCAGCAGAUCCUGGAACUGCGGGAAUUGAUCUCCGAGCUCCAGGAGGAGCUGAGGAAUCACCGGCACCGCGUCAAAGCCCUGGAGAUCCAGCACGAGGAGGCGGCGGGACGGAACCAGAGCCUUCUCCAGAGGGUGCAGGACCUGGAGCAGCAUUCCCGGGAAUCCAGCACGCUCCAGCACAUCCAGGCCACGCUGCUCUACGACAUCCAGGCGCAGAUCAACAACAUCUCGGCCCUGGCCGACUGGGCCUGGAGGAAUCCCAGCUGCCUCCAUCCCGCCGAUAUCCGCAUCCAGGAGGAGAUGCAGCAUCCAGGGAUCAAACACGGCCGGAAUUGUCCCAUCGACUGCGCUUCCGUCUACUACAACGGACUCCGGAGAUCCGGGAUUUACAAUAUCCUGCCCUCGGUCCGCGGAAUUCCCAUCGAGGUCCUGUGUGAGAUGGACACGGAAGGGGGUGGCUGGACCGUUAUCCAGAGGCGCCAGGAUGGAUCCGUGGAUUUCAACCGGACCUGGAAUGAGUACAAAGAAGGAUUUGGGGAUCUCAACGGGGAAUUCUGGCUGGGGAAUGACAACAUCCACAGGAUGACCAGCCAAGGGGAUUAUUCCCUACGGAUUGACCUGGAAGACUGGAAUAACAAACACAAACACGCCUUCUACCAGGUCUUCAGCAUCGAGGACGAGGAAAACUUUUACCGGCUCCAUGUGGACGGAUUCAGCGGCACCGUGGAGGAUUCCUUCGCCUGGUACCACGACAAGAGGAGCUUCAGCACUCCGGAUUCCGGGAAUAUCUGUGCCGAGAUUUCCCAUGGAGGCUGGUGGUACCACCAGUGCUUCUUCUCCAACCUCAACGGUGUUUACUACAAGGGGGGCCGAUAUUCCAUUAAAAACCGGAAGAUGCUGGGCCCAGAUGGGAUCGUCUGGUAUUCCUGGAAGGACACGGACUACUAUUCCCUACGGAAGGUGGUCAUGAUGAUCCGGCCACGCACAUUCCGGCCCCACCUCUCCCCGUGA